AUGUGGACGCCUGCGACGCUGCUGCUGCUGGGCGCCCUGGUGGCGUCUGCCGCAGCAGGGCUCAGCACCCGCUACGACCAGACCAGCGGCCGCAUCCUGCUGCUGUCCGACAGGGGUGGAGACGAGGUAGAAGUGGGAUACAUCGAAGCCUCCGGCAACCAGCGGUCUGCAGUUCCACGCCACGAGACUCGUGGAAAUGAGGAGUCCUUCGACUUUGGCGCCUCCAGAGUUCUCGUCCGGGACCAAGACAGGUCGGGCGAAUGUCUCUGGAUCCGGCACACCAAAGACAAUCCGAGUGAGAUAAUCACAAUGUGUCAGCGGCACCUAAGGAGCCAUAUCUACGGUGGUGUCGAAUCGACCUACCGCACCUGGCCCAUCGAGAACAACGUGUACAAGCACUACGCAUACGUCGCCGAACAUACAGACCACGCCACCAUCGCUACGCGCUACUGGGUCUUCUCCGAUGGAAGACUCGUUCACGUUCACACGAACGUUCCUCUCUUCGUCGACCAGAACAGCAAUCAGACGAGUAAUAAACUGUGCUUCAGUGCCGAGAACGCGUCUCCCUACCCAGAGGACCGAAACGACAAUGUGCUGGAAUACGAGCUGUGUACGUACGGUGAUGCGAAGGAGGCAUACUUGGUCGGUAUCCAGAAGUACCUGGGCAAGCCUACGGCGAUUCCAGACGAACGCUUGGGUGUUCAGCCCUUCUGGGAAGUGGGGCCACCCGAACAGAACGUGAGAGAGCGCGCCGCAGGCAUAAUCGAGCACGGGUUCGGCUACAGCCUUCUCGAAAUAGCCAACUUCUGGGAGAGCUGCCGUGGAAGCUUCACCCCGGACACCACCAAGUUCCCCGACAUGAAGGCACUCGUGGACGAUCUCCACGCACUGGGAUUCCCCGUCGCGUUGUGGAUACAUCCAUUUAUAAACAGUGACUGCGAACCCUUCUUCUCUGAGGCACAGUCCAAAGACUACUUUGUGCGCAAUAACAAUGGCAGCAUCACUACUCGCUGGUGGGGUGGAUGGGCCGGCAUUGUCGACUUCACCAAUCCUGAUGCAGUAGCUUGGUGGACUGAUCGAGUUGCAGCGCUCCGCAACGAGACGGGCGUGGACUCCUUCAUGUUCGACUUCGGCGAGACCAGCUACCUGCCGCAGCCGCCACAGCUCACACCGCUCGAGAGGACGCCCGUGGUCUACACCGACGCGUACGCCAAGGCAGUGGCCCAGUUUGGGCCCAUGGCGAGGCUGCGGUCCGGCGUCGAGAGCCAGCGCCUGCCCAACUUCUUCCACAUGGACGCGGUGGACACGGCGUGGAGCACGCAGAACGGCCUGAAGACGCUGCUGCCCAAGCUGCUGGAGAUGAGCCUGCAGGGAUACCCCUUCGUGAUGCCGGAGAGGGUGGGCGGCAGCACCAAGACGGGCGUCAUCGCCACUCGCGAGCUGUACAUCCGCUGGCUGGAGGCCAGCGCCUUCAUGCCCGCCGUCCACUUCCGCACCGUGCCCUGGGACUACGACAACGAGACGGUGGAGCUCGCACGUAAUCUGACUGCUUUGCGCGCUCAGUACGGCCCGAAGAUCGUCGAGCUGAUGAAGCAGGCAGUGGAGGACGGCACUCCGGUCAACCGGCCCAUCUGGUGGCUCGACCCGACGGACUCCACCGCUCUCAAGAUCAGCGACGAGUACCUGCUGGGCGACGACCUGCUGGUGGCGCCGGUGACGUAUCGCACGGCCACGAGGCGCGACAUCUACCUGCCCAAGGGCUACUGGCGGGACGAGGUGGACCCCGAGCACCCCACCAUACGGGGCCCCACCUGGCUCUACGCCUACCCUGCGCCACUCAACACUCUGCCCUACUUCACCAGGGUCAGCUCCUAG